AUGCAACAAUCUAAAAUCCAUCCACCAUCUGCCUCUGUUAGUUCCAACGGAAUUUCAUCAUGUCAUUAUGUCGUGGUCGUCCUCACAUCUAUGCCACAGAUAGCUCAAUUUGGGGAGCCCUGGGAUGAACAGCUCCCCCCACUGCAGAGGCAGAAGAUCUUCAGUGGGCUGGAUGUCAGGGAUGACUCCACCCCUCCAGAACCACCCACCGUGGACAUCGCCUCGGAGGACGUCCCCGACGGGCCACUGAUGCCAUCCAUGGAUAUCGACAGCGUGGGGGGGUUCGCCUCCAGCCUCGCUGUGGCCCGGGCGGGCAUUCACUGGCUGGCAGCUAGGCCCCCUGUGUCCUCCCUCCAGGCAGGGCUGCAUCUCUCCCCAAUCCCCGUGACAUGGGAGCCCUCGUCAGAGGCCUCAUGCCCCCGGCGCAGCCAGAGACCGAUCCACCAGAUCCCACAUCUUCCCCUGGGCCGGCUGGGUGGGUUCGAGGAUCUAGAGCUCUACGCCCUGUUUCCCAAACUACAUGACCCCGAGCGCCAGCACUUCAUCAUCCGCGAGGAUGAGUACCGGCUGUGGACCGAUCAGAUUGUUCUUCCUGCCCUCCAUGAGUGCUACUCUACCGCCCUGGUGGGCCACAUCCCCUCCAGCACCGAUCACAUAAGGCUCAAUGCCACCGCGCGAUGGGUUGAGGGCCGUGUGAGUCACAGCAGCAGUGCACCUCGCGUCCAGCUUUUUCGGCACUUUCUCCCCCCAGAGGGUCUGGCCCCACUAUGGCAGGCAAUCCAGACGCGUAUCCAACAACCUACACUGCUUCAGUUCCAGGGUGUAAUGCUCUUCCUGACAGCCAAGAACCUGAAGCUGCAGACCCAGAGCCGCACCUGGAUGGAGAUGCACAAAAGGUUCCUCCACCGAUGGGAGCUUGCAGUCGAUCCCCAGUUUAUUGAGGAGGAGUUCAUCGACAUUGGCAAGGAGAUCUGCCCCCCUCAGAGCUACCUGGCCACACAGCAGGCAGACCAGAUCCCCGGGACAGUGCUGUGGCGGCGGUGCUGCCUGCAGAGCUUUGCACGGUGGUGUGGGGACUGUCUGCCUGAAUCCACCACAGCACCAGACCCCAGCGGCACUGGACAUGAGAGCCAGAGAGACAACGGGGACACUGAAGAGGAUUCUGGGGGUGAUGUAUACCAUGAGCACACUGAUCAGGUGGACCUCCCCACCAGCAGCUCUCCUCAGCCCCAGAAG